UCUUCGGUGAUAACGUUCAUAAUUCAUAUGGGGCUCAUUCAUAUAGUCGCCUCAGUAAGAUAUAAGCCCCGAACAUCUACUGCCAUUGUAUCAGUUUCGUGUUAUAACGUCUUUAGAUAUGGGUGGUUUGAAAUCGGACGAGUUUGCCAAUGUAAUACGUCAAAAACGUUUGUAAAAUGUGGUUCAUGGUGUUGCUCAGUAUUUGCUGAUCUGUUCGCUUCCAGGCGCACACGAGCUGUAUUUCUGAUUGCAUUGUCAUGGGUAGCAGGAACGGCAGUCGCUAUACUUCCUCUUUUCAACGCUUUCGGCUUUGCUGAGACGGAAUCCUCAUUUCAUGCUACCGGUGAUCAAUGUUAUUUCACGAAAGUGGUCGACUAUAGAUACCUUGUCUAUGUUAUUUUCGUUGGGACAAUAUUAGCGCCAACCUUGCUGAUCGUCUUUUGCUACGUGAGCAUCUACAGUCGAAUCCGGAAGGAAGAGCAUCAGAUCAAGUGCCUGCUAAGAAAAAGCGAACGGGACCGACGGAUGCAAGGCCGACGGAGACUCAUCAAAAUACUUCUGAUUCUUGUCGUGUCCUAUGGAAUAUGCUGGUAUCCUCUUUAUGUCAUUAACUCUAUCGACUACUUUCUGCCGGAAUUCUCAAUCGCUGGAUUGACAUUGUGGACAGUAGUGCUAUCCCAUAUGAGCUGCGCUUUGAAUCCUCUUAUUUAUGCCUACGGUAUGCCGGGUUUCAAAAAGGCUCUUCGAGAAUUUUUCAACGUAAGCACUUUCCAAAGCAAUACGGGUGCCAACUAUUCGUGUUAUAUGAAAUGCUCCGAUGCAGGGAAAGCUAAUCAAAAUCAGUCGGAUCGAAUAAGGAGCUACCUUACUACCGUUGCUGAUUUCAGGUAUCCAUCAGAAACGGUACGUAAGAUAUCAGCACCUACUCUGACUGAGGUAUAUAAACUUAUGAGAAGACGGACAAUUGAUAUCACCUAA